GUUGUUGGUUUCUGCAGGUGAAGCCCACUCUAGGCUUUCACAGCUGGUUCUACCUGUAGCCUUAAGUUAAGAGAAUUGCGUUUUAAGAAUGGGGGAAAGCAUUCUCCUUUAAACAAGGUGGGCUGAGCUUAUUUGCACUUCUCGCUUCUAUGGCAACCCAAUAGAUUAAAAUCAUGAAAAUCACCAAAACGCGCCCUUAAUGUGGAUCAGUGAUGUCAGCGCUCCCUGAAACUGUAUGUUUUUUUUCUUUUUGCGUGAUUGUGUCGCGUUUCAUGACGGCAGCUGCUGAUAGAUGUGCUGAGGGGUUCAUCCUUCUCCGUGCGUGACCUUUUCCAUGGUUUUUCCAUCUCCGCGUUCGCGGGCACGUCUCUCACAUGUCACGCUAAGGUGACUUUCAGGCAGUUGUUUUCACUUUUUUCCCCCUCCUGCGUGCGCGCAGUGAAUGGAUGAAUGAACGAGAGGCGCAAAGAUGCACAUCGAGGAAACGUUGGCCGAGCGGACCGCCCAGGCUGAGGCGUGAGGACAGAUGCAAACUGUCAGGUAUUCUCGUGAUGACAAUGAGCGUCUCUCGUCUGGUGGAGCGGAGCCACGGCGGUCCGUGUCAUGUGCAGCAGGCUUUCAGGGAUUCAGAUUAGCUCCAGACUGAUCGCGCGCACAAACAGAUACGGAGCUGGCGGCAAUAAUCGUCUCAUUACAGCCUAGAAAUCUGGAAUUCUUCAAUUUUCUCAUCUGUGUCUCAAUGUCAUAAUGGACAGGUUGCACUCCUCCAUGCGUAAAAGGCUGUACAGUUUGCCCCAGCACAUUGGACAGAAAGCGUCAAUAAUGGGCGAAGGAGAAGACGCAGACAAGGACACCCGGAGGAAGAGCAUCAGGAUGAAGCCUCUGCCGUCACCGACCUCUGGGGGAAGCUGCAAAGGCAUCGGGGAGACCAAAAGUGGGGAGUCUGUGAUCAUGGAGACGGACGUCGGGAGACCUAUGAAAACCAGCUCCAAUGGAGACUGCCGGAGAUUUCGAGGCAGCCUCUCAUCCAUCACGAGUCGGCACGCGCACGACUCGGACUCGGCCGAGGUGCGACGCCUCAUCACCGAGGGGGAAGUCACCCCGAGCGAGGAGAGCCCCCCCGGAGCCGCCGGCGACGAGCAGCCGGAUCAGGGCGCACAGGGCGCCAGCGGUGGCGCCCAGGAGGGCUCUCCAGACCAGCAGUCCGCCUUCAUAAAGUUGGAGGGGAUUGAUCAAAUUCUGCCGGACGAUGAGAGAUUAUACCAGGCUGGGUUCAUACAUAGACAACUGGGAGCGAUGCUUCAACCAGGGGUCAACAAGUUCUCUCUGAGGAUGUUUGGAAGUGAGAAGGCGGUGGAACGGGAACAGGAGCGCGUGAAAUCCGCCGGAUUUUGGAUAAUUCACCCCUACAGUGACUUCAGGUUUUACUGGGACUUGACAAUGCUGCUGCUAAUGGUUGGCAACCUCAUCAUCAUCCCCGUGGGCAUCACUUUCUUUAAGGACGAGCACACACCUCCUUGGAUUGUGUUUAACGUGGUUUCCGACACAUUCUUCCUCAUGGACCUGGUCCUCAACUUCAGGACGGGGAUCAUCAAAGAGGACAAUACAGAGAUCAUCCUGGAUCCACAGCAAAUCAAGAUCAAAUACUUGCGGAGUUGGUUUGUGGUGGACUUCAUUUCCUCCAUUCCUGUGGACUACAUCUUUCUUGUUGUUGAAACGCGCAUUGACUCAGAUUUCUACAAGACGGCGCGCGCCUUGCGGAUCGUCCGCUUCACAAAGAUCCUAAGUUUGCUACGACUUCUGCGCCUCUCCAGACUCAUCCGCUAUAUUCACCAGUGGGAAGAGAUCUUCCAUAUGACCUAUGACCUGGCCAGUGCCAUGGUGCGAAUAGUCAAUCUGAUUGGCAUGAUGCUGCUGCUGUGUCACUGGGACGGCUGCCUGCAGUUUCUGGUGCCCAUGCUGCAGGACUUCCCCGCCGACUGCUGGGUGUCCAAAAAUAAGAUGGUGAACGACACUUGGGGACAGCAGUACUCCUACGCACUUUUCAAAGCUAUGAGCCACAUGUUGUGUAUCGGGUAUGGCAUGUACCCCCCAGUGGGAAUGACCGACGUGUGGCUGACCAUCCUCAGCAUGAUUGUGGGUGCUACAUGCUACGCCAUGUUCGUCGGCCACGCCACAGCGCUCAUCCAAUCCCUGGACUCCUCUCGACGGCAAUACCAGGAGAAGUAUAAACAGGUGGAGCAGUACAUGUCCUUCCACAAGCUGCCCGCAGACAUGAGGCAGAGGAUCCAUGACUAUUAUGAACACCGAUACCAGGGCAAGAUGUUCGACGAGGAGAGCAUCCUGGGAGAGUUGAAUGAGCCACUCCGAGAGGAAAUCAUCAACUUCAACUGUCGAAAGCUAGUGGCCUCAAUGCCACUGUUUGCAAACGCGGACCCCAACUUUGUCACUUCUAUGCUGACCAAGUUGAAAUUUGAGGUUUUCCAGCCCGGAGACUACAUCAUUCGAGAGGGCACGAUCGGCAAGAAAAUGUACUUCAUACAGCAUGGCGUCGUCAGCGUACUCACCAAAGGCAACAAGGAGACCAAGCUUUCAGACGGCUCGUACUUUGGAGAGAUUUGUUUGCUGACACGAGGCAGGAGGACAGCCAGCGUCCGAGCAGACACAUACUGCCGCCUGUACUCGCUGUCAGUCGAUAACUUCAAUGAAGUCCUGGAAGAAUAUCCAAUGAUGAGAAGGGCCUUCGAGACUGUCGCGCUAGACAGGCUGGACCGCAUAGGCAAGAAAAACUCCAUACUGCAGCAUAAAGUGCAACAUGACCUCAGUUCCGGUGUGCUUAACUACCAAGAGAAUGAGAUCAUCCAGCAGAUUGUGCAACACGACAGGGACAUGGCCCACUGUGCUCACCUCAUGCAGAAUGCCCCGCCACAGACACCUCCCUCACCAACUCCUGUCAUUUGGGCUCCUCUAAUCCAAGCCCCUCUGCAGGCAGCAGCCGCCACCACCUCUGUCGCAAUCGCUCUGACCCACCAUCCGCACUUACCAUCAGCCCUCCUCAGACCUCCAGUUUCUGUCCUGGGUUCACUGAGGGAGCCGCCCAACCGACUUCGGAAGUUCCAACCAUUUGUACCCUCAGCCACAGCAUCUGGAUCUACUAUAGACUCCCCCUCUAGCACCCCGUCUAAGUUGCGCACUGGAGUGGAUAUGCCGUUGCUGACCUCUUUUCGAGCACAGCAAAUGACUUUGGGUUCUGGGACAACAGGGUCCUCGCAGCAUGCUUCAGGAAGUAAAGACAAGCGAGGAACUAAUGGGAAAAGGUGUGGACCCAGUGAAGGAGGGCCUUCUGUCUUCCCCUUUAGUUUAUACUCAUCUUCGGAUUCACCCUCAACUAGCAUGGCCCAACUACACCCACAACCACUACACCAGCAGCCCUUUCGACCCAGUACCCCACCGCUCUCAAACCUCUUCCAUCAGGGAUCAGUCGGUGGAAGCACAGGGUCAGGACUUAGUGGCGGGGCAGUUGGAGCUUGUGGUGGUGCUACAGGAUGGUCUUCAGCUGGAGCAGGUGGUGCAUCUGUUGAAGAAGCCACAGGAGAGGAUACAGACUGGGCUGGGGAGGACUUUACAACUGGGGUGACCGAAAUGACUCCUGGGGGGAAUUUUGGCUUCAAAGGAGGCACUGAAUCAGCACGUGGAAUCUUUGGGGAAACAGUUGUAGGGCUCUCCGAGGGAUCACUAGGUCCUGCUUGUGACAGGUUCAUAAGCGGGAAACCGGGUGGAUCCUUGGCUAGUUCUGUGUUACAAGACAAAGAUUUGGUAUCUAUGGUAGGAACUUCUAGAGUACCAAUUGGAAGAGCUACAAGAGGAUCGCCGGGCGGGAGUUCUAGAGAAUCACUAGUUUCGACAACCAUUGGGGGAUCAAUGGGUGUGAUAAAAGAUGGAUCGGUUGGAGUUGUUUCUGGUGUUCAUUCUGGGACAGCAUUUGACGGAGUUUGUGAUUCAGCAAUUGGGAACCCCAGAGGAUCAUUAGGAAAAGGUUCUAGCGCAUCAACAAGUAGUUUCACAGGAGGAGCCUUAAGUGAGGCAGGGGGACACACCGGCAAAGGAAUGGGACGUGUGUUGACGAGCCACACAAAAGGAUCUACAGUUUGUCCUAGUGGGGCAUCUGGUGGGAUCACAACUGGUCAUUUUAGUUCUUCCCGAUGUCAGAGUCCCAUAUCUACCAGUACAUCAAUCUCCAUACCUAGUCAGAUACCCCAUAACCAAACACCUCCCAAGCCUUCCCAAGCAGCUCCUCCACAGCAGUUUGCUGGAGGAGGGAGAACUAACAGUGGUUUGAACCUCUUCCAGAAUCCCCUACAAGGAUCCCCAUCUUGCAGCAGAGGACAGCCCAGUCAAGCUACUGAAAGUUCUCCAUCAUCACUUAGCCAAGUCAACUUGACAGGUCUCCAGUCUAGCUGCUUGCCUCAACAGAUGUCCUUAGAGAGGUCUGCAUUGGCAUCUCUAGCCCAGUAUGGCUCAGCAAAUGCCUCUCCCUGCCUUACCCCUGUUGCUCCCAGUCCUACUAUUCAAAGUCCAGUAACGGGUAGGACUUUCCACUACAGCGACCCUUCAAGUGCCACAGGAUCCCACACUUCUUUGCUUAUGCCUCAAUCUCCUCUACUUUCACAAUUUCCUAGCCAGUCACACACUGGGAGAGAUUCACCUCUGGGAUGUUUUUCUGAGGACUUAAAGCAUUUAUCAAGCUCGCACCCAUCUCUUCCCCUGGAAGUGGCCCAAGCUCUAGGCCACCAACCUCCUCGCCCAUCUACGGAAUAUUACCCUUCACCAUUUUCUUCUCCAACGUUUGUGCCCAAACCUUGUAGCUCAGUACCAGGGCAUAUGACUCCUCCAAUACAGACGUCUCCAGGACACCCUCAACAUUCUCAGCUCCCUGGGGCCUCUGUGGCCUUGCCUGCUAGGAGGAGUUCUCCCACGCACUUGUCAGAUCUAGAAUCUCAAACUGUCCGUUCAAAACUCCCUUCGAACUUGUGAGGAUUGAUCACACCCUCCUGAGAUCCCAUGAAAUAAACACAAACUUAUUUUCAUUUGUAACAUUCUUUUCCGUACUUUACUUCACUGUGUUCCACCUUGCAUUUUACCAAGAUUUUUGAAUUUACUGUGACAAAAAAAAUCACCUGAUAGGUCAGAGAUCUAGAAUAUUCUUUGUUCAUUAUAUACUAUUUGUUUUUUUAAAUUUAAACACACUGUAUAUAGAUAGAGAUAUAUUUAAAUGAUAAGUUAAUCAAGGGACAAGGAGGGUGUGAAAGUUGGAGGUCAGUUGUUUUAUUGAUUUCUACGACUAUGCCAAAUGCAUCUGGUGAUAUAUGUGAAGUUCAUAAAAGGACACCACGUUCUUUUUCUGCAGGAACUUAUGCACUAACACCUGCAUGAACAACAGUUAUUUUGUGUGUUUUGAAACAGUUAUCCACAUUUUUAGCAAAGGGGACAUGCUUUGAGAGUCUUGUACUGUCUCAUUUGGGAUCACAUAUUGUUGAUCUUAAAUGUGUUGAUUAGAUUGUACCUAUUUAUUCUCUGUGUAAACUUUCUAAAAGAGAUGGGGAUGAAAUUUUAGCAACCAAAAAGACUUUACAUGAGAAAUAACUGUCCAGCUCUCUGCGGUCCAUUGAUUAAUGUUUUGUAUUGAAUCAGCGCUGGUUUUUGAAGCAGGGGGUUGUGGGGAGAUUCCCUCCGUAUCAAUAAUAAGUCACAUCAUUCUACGAGGGACUGUUUUUUUCUUCAGUCAUAUCCUAACAAACUCACUUUGUCUUCCAAGUACAUGCCACUAAUGUUUGUAGGAAGUGUGUUAUUUUUAUUUCUGUCAGUGUGCAGCUGUUAAUGAGCGAAUGUUAAAUUAAGUGUGACAAAGUCAAACAGCCGGAUGCAAGGCGAGAGUUUUCGCUUGACUGAGCAAAAGUAAGUUUGCCUUUUUGGACAAAACCAAGGACUUCCACUAACCACAGGUGGUGUGAUGCAUUUUGUAGCACUCAGAAGUUAAAAAAAAAAAAAAAAAAAUCAGUGUAUAUAAUAGCCUAAAAGUUAAUAAGACAGUUGAUUAUAAUGUACACUUUCAAGUUAAUUUGUUCUCCCUACAGGCUUCCAUGAAUAUUCUUUAACCAAGACUUUAAUUUAAUAAAUACUUGUUCGUCGGCACACAAGCUGACUUAUCUAAGAAGUAUACCACUUGGUGUAUGUCCUUUCUACUUUACUUCCUUUUGUAGCUGCUAAAUGGUCUGCACAGACCUGUGUCCUUACUGAAGGUUGACAUUGAGUUUAAAAUAAUGAAUGUAUGUCAAUUUACUGAUGCUUAAAGUAUAAACUGUAGCUGUGGUAGAUGCACUGAUGGCAUACUGCCCCAGGGGGAAAAAAGGGACUGUUCUGUAACUGAAAAGGUCAUUGACUCCAUAUCUUAGAAAUAUGUUAUCUACAGCAGCCAUUUCUAUUUCCAAAGUGUCCUUUAACAAGACACAGAAGCACUGGCUAAAUUGUUCAUAACACAAUUUGGAGAUGUUUCUCAGUGAGCUGCGUACAACAGCCCACUCUCUACUUCAUUUAUUGUAAAACUGUGCUCCCGCUCUAUUUUUUUGGAAGAAAUUCUUCACAAUCAAAAAUAUUUUUUUGUUUUAAUUUGUUAACUCUGUUUGAAACAAUGCAAACUAAUAAAAGCAUUGUUGUUUUAUUUAGCAUGAACAUUAGCAAAACCUUAACUUUUGUAAUUAUUAAAAGGAGAAUCACCCUGACUUGUGUUUUUGCAAAAAAGUGAAAUACAUAAUCUGCCACUAAAAGGUGAUUUUAUUUGUUUCUUUUUCAGCAAAAGUUCCUGUUGCUCUUCGCAGAUUUAGAAAAGUUCUUUGCAUGACCCACUUAGAUUCUAGCAGAUACAUUAACUGCUGCAUUCACUAGCCUUGAGAAAAUAAGGCUUUGGAUGGAAGGGCCCACCUGCCUCUCUGUAAGGAGCUUUAAUCAAAAGCAUGUAACAUAAAACCGCUAAUUAAAGGAUAUAAAGGUUUCAUGAAGGUGCGAAAUGAGUUGAAGAAACAUUAUUUAACAGAAUAUCACUAUUUUUUUGUUUUCACCUGAUCUAAAUGCAUUUUUUACUGUUUGUUUUUUCCUUUUGCCUGCUUCUUUGUUGUCUUGCUCCUAUAUCUAAGUCAUAUCUGGUUACAGUCCAUCGACACGCUCUGAGAGCCUUUAUGUGAUUGGGGACACAGCAUACACAAAAAAGACGGGUAUCACUAAGCUCCCAAAGGAGAAGCGGCGUGAUAUGAUCUCCAUGUUUUUCUGUAUCUCAUCGCCAAGACAGGCGCAGGUUCCACUUAGACAGCUGAGUCCCCAACUCAGUCACAGCACUCAGCCACAGCAGCCUAAUUUAACAAGACAUGUUUGUAAUCCCUUGACCCUCACAAGCUAUCAGAGACUUGCACACCGAGGUGACCAUGCUGUACCCUCAUUACAGUUGUGUGAAGUCCUUAUAACAAGGUAGGACACCAAAUACACAAAACCCACUCAUGACUGCACAAACGCAUAUUCACAAACACACACUUAUGCAAUGGUCGUAUUUGCAAAUACUGUUGGAUACUUCAUGGAUUUUUUUUAACUGCAACAUUUUAAACUUUCAAUAAGAAGUAUCUGUAAUUUAAUAAACAAAUCUAUGACUAAUUGAUUUUCCACUUUGGUGGUUACAUCCCAGGCUAGUAUGUAGCUUGUAGUUGUUUCCACUUAUGUGACAAUAAUCUGAGCACUAAGGGAUUUUUAAUGGAGUUUAGUCAUUAGUUGCUCAAUAAUUAUAUCAAUAGUCAUCAGUCACACUUCAUCAUCACUAUGAAUAAACAGGACUACCUUGGGGUCAAGCUAACUUUUAUUAAAAAAAAACAGUUUUUGUUUGUGAGGGGGUAUAGCUGUCUAAAUGGUUACGACAUUCAGAGGUUCUUUUCUUAAACGGGUUUUCAUUAGUGCUACCACUAAUAACUUAGGAUCUGUCAAAACUGCUUUACAAAGUGCACCCUAACCCUGCAUGGUCUCAUGUGAUCUUAUCACCCGCUGAUGCAUGACGAAACACAGUUAAGGAGUGGUCAUGGCAUAAAACUUGUAUUAUUUAUUCCAGUGUUGCAUUUGGAACAGAUUAGGUUAACUACCUUUGCUUCUCUAUUGAGUAAAUUAAUGUUCUAUUUGUCUCCAGCAGAUUAUUCUUUUUCAAUUUUAGACGGAGAAAGUCGACUCAGCUGAGCUAGUUUCUAAACAGCUGGGACUUUCCACAUCUGGAAUUUUGAAUGCAUUUACUUUGCAGGCUGAAUUCCUGUUCUAGAACACAUUUUUUUUACUGUCAGCACUACUUUAUUCUGGCAUGGAUGUGGAGAACAGUUAGAAACCAGUCUCUGAGACAAAGGUGUAAAUGUGAAGAGACGCCGAUGCGCUAACAGAAUGAUGCGGUUGGACGUUGAUCCACAGGGGGGACAGGGACAGGCUUCGUUUGGCAUCUUCUCGCCUUCCUUAUGAUUGUUCCUGAGUGUUUGCAGAUGUUAUUCAGUGUGAUAUUGAUUGGAAGGAUAUGAGGCAGAGCGGUGUUAUGUAGCUAACGGGUGUUGUUUGUGUGCGAUACGGUGUUUUCACUCCACCUGUCAGGGUCGAUGGGUGAGGCGCGACGCUGUUGGAGAGGGUAGGGCGGAGGAGGCGGAGGUCAAAGCUUACAGGGAGAAAACAGACAGGAAUUGAUUAGUCUUUCUGAACGCAGUAUGGUCUAUUAUCACAAAUAAGCAGUUUAGAUGAAGGGGUGGGCGGACACACUGUUUGCUAGCUCUGUUACUGUCAGUUAGAGAGCUGACACAUGGAGCAGAAUCUGCAGACGUUUCAUUCACGCCGGUGUCAUUUCAUUAAGGAAAGCACCAGAUUUCAAUGACAUUGAGAGGAAGAAAUUCUUGACUGAUAACGAUGUCGAUUUGAAAUAAUGCACUGGAAAUGAGAAGAAAGUUUAUAAUCCUCAGGCCCGUGAUAUAUUUGCAACCCAUGUAAUCCUUUAUUCCAAAUAAAGAUUUGAAAACAGCCAAAAUUGGAAAUAACAAGAUUUCCACCUAACAGCAAUGUUUACUCUUCAAGCAGAUUUUUUAUUCAGACUAUUUGCCACAGCUGCAUCUGCAGCAUUAUGCAGCACAGAGACAGUGUCUUUCAUAAGAGUCAGCUGGGAAUUAGAUAAGGAGGCUUACAAACUUUGCGUCUUUUGAGAGACACAAAUCAAGAAAAACAAUGGUGACUCACUUUCUCAUGCAGAGAACUGUUUCCAUUAUGUCUCUCACCCACCUUUACAUGGCGAGUAGAUCUGUGUUUGAAAACCAUCUUGGAGAAAGCAGUGAGGGGCAUGAAAUUGAUCACAGCAGUUAAGGUUCUGUCCAAUUUUUACAAAUGUAACUUUAAAAAAUUGCUGAAGACACUAUUGAAAAAUUACCAUAUAUUGUUAUCCCCAGUUUUUAAAAAGAUGUACAUUUAAGUUAAUAGUUUCAGUUUAAAGUCCCUUUAAAGACGGAAAUUUGAUUGUGAUUGGCUGUGAAGAAAGUGAGGACUAACUGACGUUUGGUGUGAAGAAUCAGCAACCUAGCAUACCUGAAAAUGAGGUAGAUCGUCCUUAUUCAAAUUGCCCCACAGCUUUACUCUGAUGCAUCCACUUGUAGACGACUAGAUCCAUUUAUGUCUUUAUUUUCCUUGUCCGGGCUGGCAUUUUACUUAAAACUGUAAGGCUGGAUAGCUCCAGGAUUGCUCGCCAGUUUUGUUGCACAUAUAAUGUCAGGUUGGGAUUGUUGGGGCCUGUAAGCGUGUGUUAGAGUGCAUAAAUAAGGGGAUGGUGGCAAAUGGGGGUUGGCCUACUCUGCACCAACUCAUUAGCAAACAUCUAAUGAACUCCUGCCGCUCUGCUGAAACUAUGUUGUCAAAAACAACAGGUUUUUGAUUUUCCUCAAAAAAUGUCAAUCAUAAUUAAAAUACCACUGGGAACACUUUUUAAAAAGCUCACAAGAUGAUCGGAGUGGAACUUUAAGUUGAAUUCAUUGGUAUGAACAGAAACCUGUUUACAGGUUUGUCUCUGGCUGGCUAGCUUUAUGUUGUGAAACAGAUUUCCUUUUAUGGCGCCUCUGUACCAUUUCCAAUUCUCUGACAAAAGCUGCAGCGGAUCGUGUUCAGUGCACUUCCAAUUUCAUUGCUUAAUCAUAUAGCUCCUCUCCCUUUAUGCAGUUCUACCCCCUCCAUAAAUAUUAGUUGGUGAAUCAGCGAUGCACGCCACUGAAAUCAUUUGCUGUGAAUGAGGAUUACAUGUAGCAGAGUGGAAUCAAACCCGCAGGUGUGCUAUUUUUAUCUGUUUAUGCAUUCCCAAAGCACCUUUUUAUCAAUUCAGAACCACUAACUCCUUUUACAUUUCCUUCUUAUUGUAUUUGGCUCUCAAGUUGAAGAAUCAGUUGGUUAUUGGAUACAAUUUGAAGAUUACCAUAUCCAGAGAGGAGUUGUUUAUUUUUGCGUGUAAAACAGCUGACCUUUGUUGCUGCUACUCCACUGAGGUGGAAUGACACCAGCACAGUGUCAGUCCGACCACAGGCUGGGCUGUUGGGCAGAUACUGUAACCUGAAUAUGACCCAGUUAAGGAAUGGUGCAACAUUUACUGUUGGGGCUUUGAGGGAGCGGCCCUGUGCAGCUACCUGACAGAACUGAACUUCAUACACUCAUAGUUCUGCAAAACUUUGAUAUGCAAAUCACUCAUUGCAUGUGUAUCUCUUUGGUUGCAGCUGAUCAGACAGCUACAGUAUGUGUUGAGGCCAAAGGUGGGCUGCUCUUCCUAGGAUUAGUGAGGGGGGGGGGACAGAAAGGGCACAGUCAAACUCUAUUUGGAGAGAUGGAGGCUUUACAUAAAGAAAAAAAAUCCUUCCUCUCUGCUGUCUUUCAUUUGCUAAAGUACAUAUAUAAUUCCUCUUAAUCUGCUGUUGGGAGCAUAAUGUUGACAAGGUACUCACUUGUAUCGAUUUAUAUGUUGCAUAGGAACUAUUUGUAUUUCUGUAUUUAUUUUAGAUUCUCCUAAUAAUUGAUAUCAGCACUGUAAGCAAUUAAAACCAAACUGUCUGUAUGUACAUACAUUCAUGAAAAGGGUUUUAUAAAACCAUUCACAUUGUUUGACCUCUUUGUUACGGAGCGGGAUGUUUUCAGUUCGACGCUAUCCACGAUUUCAACUGGAGAGCUCAACAUUCUUUGGACAAUAACCCAAUCGACAAUUCUUUUACGGAGCGUUUUGAGGAGGACGGCAUUUUGGCUGCUUUGCUAUUGUUCAAUGGACUUUUUUUCUUGGGAACUACAGGGGGAAAAAGCAAUAAAGGAACUGUGCAGGUAUGAUGGGAGCUUGUGGGACGCUGUGCCGACCCACACAACAACCACAAACAUACGGUAGCAGUGACUGAUCGUUUGUGUGGCCUUGAAAGGGGUGAACUAUUGAUAAGCACAUAUACUGGAUGAAAUAAAAUGGUACUGAACAAAA